GCACUUCCGUUGAAAAUUCUUCUUCCGGUUAUUGUGUUGAUCGAAGCCCGAAGCCUCAGUUGAUAGCCUAGAUCUAUUUGUGCUCAAAGCAGGUUGACUGGCAAGUCAACAUGUCUGAUUUUGUGGACAAUGAAGCAGAGGAAUCUGACUUGUCUUCAGAGGAAGGCGAACUCUCAGAUGGAGAACUUCGUCCAGUGAAAAAAGGAAAGAAAGAGAAAGAGAAACCUAAAAAGAAGAAGGCAAUACAAAUAUCUGAUGAUGAGGAAGAAGAGGAUGAAGACGAAGCUGCCAUUGCUGAAGAAAUGAAAGAUUUCAUCAAUGAAGAUGUGGAAGAAGACGCGGAGGAAGAAGAGGAAGGAGAAGGGAGUGACCAAGACGAAAAGAAGAGGAAAAAGCAUCAUCGUUCUGACGACGAGGACGACGACCAGCUGGAUGAUGAGGACUUUGAUUUGAUUGACGAUAACCUGGGCAUCAAAAUCAACAGGAAGAUGGCUCAUAAGAGAAAGAGAAUCAAGAUGAUGUCAGACGAUGAAGACAGUGACAAGGAAGAGGAUGGACAAGCUGAUGAUGGCAAACACGCCAUAGAAGAACAGUUGUUUGAUGAAGAUGACGCGGAGGAUGGAGAGGGGCCUGCUGCAUCAGUGCGGGAUGAACAAGAGGUCACGCAACCGCAAGAUUUUGACUCGGAGGAGGAAUCCGAUGUGGAUGAUUUCAUCGUGGACGAGGAAGGCAAUUCUAUCAGUAAAGGCAAGAAGAAGAAGAAGCACAAGAUCCACAGCGAUGCUGCUCUUCAAGAGGCACAGGAAAUCUUUGGUGUUGAUUUUGACUUUGCUGAAUUUGACAAGUAUGAUGAAGACGAGGAGGACUUUGAGGAAGAAGAUGAGUAUGAGGAGGAUGAGGAGGGAGAAGAUGGCGAGACUCGACGUUCAAAGAAAGGCAAAAAGAAGGCGACAAAGAAAAGCAUUUUUGAUGUUUUUGAGCCCAGCGAGUUGGAGACGGGGCAUUUCACAGACGCUGACAAUGUUAUCCGUUCGGCAGAUCUCCCAGAAAGAUUUCAGUUAAGACGUGUUCCUGUGAAGUCAGCUGCUGAUGCAGAACUUGAAGAAGAAGCAAAAUGGAUUUACAAGCAAGCCUUUGCCACACCUUGUAUUUCGCAGCAGUCCUACCUGGACAUGGACCACAUGGGCGCCACCAACAACUUCAGCCGCCGCGCUCCCAACAUGAUGACCAGCAAGAUCAAGCAGGCUCUUGAUUUCAUGCGCAACCAGGGCUUAGAGGUUCCGUUCAUUGCUUUCUACCGUAAAGAAUAUGUGGAACCAGAGCUGAACAUAAAUGACUUGUGGAGAGUCUACCAUUGGGAUGAAAAGUGGAUGCAGCUUUGCACUCGUCGCAGCAACCUGACUCGUCUCCACGAGAAGAUGAAGGAUUAUCUGUACGAGCAGUACUCCGACCCGGACAAACCCGCUGUUCUCUUCAGACCCAUCUCUGAGGAAGAGAUUGAAAGGGUGAAGAAUGUUCAGACUCCGGAGGAGCUCCGAGAUGUCUACCAGAACUUUCUGCUUUACUAUGGCCACGAGAUUCCCAACAUGCGCAACAAUGAACAGAACCAGCCCAGGGAAGAGGGCGAAGCUGAACGCGAGCCUAAGGCGAAGGGCAACUCUGUGAAGCAGGCCAGUAGACGCAGUGGCUACUCCAUCUGCCUUGGUGCCAAGUUGGAUGAAAUCACUCGCCAGUUCGGUCUUAAGCCGCAUGAGUUUGGCGAGAACAUCCGCGACAACUACCAGCGUCAUGACGUCAGUCAGUGUCCCCUGGAGCCCCUGGAGCUGGCUAAGGAUUAUGUGUGCCCCCAAUUCCCAAGUGAGGAGGACGUCCUAAAGGGCUGUCAGCACAUGGUGGCCAUGCAGCUGUCGCAGGACCCCCUGGUGCGGCAGAGCGUGCGCACCGCAUUUCAGGAAAGGGCAAAGAUCCGGGUGCAGUCCACAAAGAAAGGCCUGAAGGUGAUUGACGAAAGCCACAAUUGUUUUACUGUGAAGUACCUGAGAGGGAAGCCGGUGAAAGAUCUCAAAGAUGACCAGUAUCUCAAGCUGAACAAUGCUGAGGAGGAGGGUCUGAUCACUAUCUCCGUCAAGAUGGACGAAGAGGAGGAGCAGGGGGGCACCAUCUCCACCUAUUUCGAGGAGAUUCGCCAACUGUACUACAGGGAUGAGUUCAGCCACCUGGUCCAGCAGUGGAACACUCAGCGCUCAGAGGCUCUGAAGCGAGCUCUCUACAAAAUCCUUUACCCUCAGAUGGAGAAAGAGCUCAGAGCUAAACUGCUGCAAGAGGCCAAAGAGGGGGUCCUCAAGGCAUGCGCUCGCAAGCUGUACAACUGGCUGAAGGUGGCUCCCUAUCAGAUGGACCAGCAGCUGGAGGACGAGUUUGACGAGGCCAACAACGAGGACGGCCUCAAAGUGCUCGGCAUUGCCUUCUCCACCAGCAUGGACACCCCGGCUUUUGGUGCCCUAAUCGACGGCGACGCCUCAGUGAUGGAAUUUAUCCGUUUGGAGAAUAUCACUAAAAGGAAGAAUGCGUGGCGAGAGCUGGACAAAAAGGGCAAGGAGAAAGAUAUUGAGAAGCUGAAGGAGUUUAUAGCAGAAAAGAAGCCUCACGUGAUUGCAGUCACUUCAGAGUCCAGACAAGCUCUGAUGAUCAUCGACGACAUCAAAGCCAUCAUCAGCGAGCUGGAGAUGGAGCAGCAGAUGCCGGCCAUCAACGUGGAGCUGGUGGACAAUGAGCUGGCUAUGAUCUUUGAGAACACCAAACGGGCUGAGACCGAGUUCCGCGAGUACCCAGCCCCUCUGCGUCACGCCAUCUCUAUUGCCCGCCGGCUUCAAGAUCCCCUGCUGGAGUUUGCCCAGCUGUGUAACGGUGAAGAGGAUAUCUUGUGUAUGCGUUACCAUACUCUGCAGGACUCCCUCCCGAAAGAAGAGCUGCUGGAAUCUCUGUACCUGGAGUUUGUCAACCGCGUCAACGAAGUGGGUGUAGACAUCAACCAGGUGUUGUCUUUCCCCUACACCGCCCCGCUCCUACAGUUUGUCUGUGGUCUCGGACCCCGAAAGUCAGCACAACUCAUCAAGACCCUGAAGCAGAACAACAGCCGUUUGGAGAACCGAACCCAGCUGGUGCAGCUGUGUCACAUGGGACCCAAGGUGUUCAUCAACUGUGGAGGGUUCAUCACAAUCGACACAAAUCAGCUCGGAGACACGUCGGAGGUGUUUGUGGACGUGCUGGACGGCUCCCGCGUGCACCCCGAGGCCUACGAGUGGGCGCGUAAGAUGGCAGUGGACGCCCUCGAGUACGAUGACACGGCGGAGGAUGCGAACCCUGCCUCGGCGCUGGAGGAGAUUUUGGAGAGUCCCGAGAGGCUGAAAGACCUUGACCUUGACGCCUUCGCUGAGGAGCUGGAGAGACAAGGUUAUGGUGACAAGCACAUCACAUUGUACGACAUUCGUGCUGAGCUGAAUCACCGCUACAAAGAUCUGCGUACUCCGUACCGCUCUCCUUCGCUGGAGGAGCGGUUUAACAUGCUGACUAAAGAGACUCCCGAGACUUUUUAUGUUGGCAAGAUGGUGCUGGUCCGUGUUACGGGCAUCGCGCACAAGCGCCCUCAGGGCGAUCAGCUGGACCAGGCCAAUCCCGUGAGAGACGAGGUGUCCGGCCUGUGGCAGUGUCCCUUCUGUCACUCCAACCAGUUCCCAGAGCUUAGUGAUGUGUGGAGCCAUUUUGACGGUGGAAAUUGUCCUGGGGCUGCAGUGGGUGUCAAGUGUCGCCUGGACAGCGGGGUCACAGGGUUCAUCCACACAAAGAACAUCAGCGACAAAAUGAUCCGGGACCCAGAAGAGCGGGUGCAGAUUGGAAUGACCAUCCACUCUCGCAUCACCAAAAUUGAUAUUGAACGAUUCCAAGUGGAGCUAACCUCCAAGUCGUCAGACCUUUCCGACAAAGAUGGGCUCUGGAGGCCACAGAAAGACGUGUAUUAUGACUACGACCAGGAGAAACUAGACAUUGACAAAGAAAAUGACAAGAAAAAGCUGCAGGCCAGACAGACAUACAUCAAGCGUGUGAUUGCCCACCCUUACUUCCACAAUGUGAGCUACAAGGAGUGUGAGAAACUUUUGGCAAACAUGGACCAGGGUGAUGUCAUCGUGCGGCCCAGUAGCAAGGGUUCUGACCAUUUGACAGCAACGUGGAAAGUGGCCGAUGGGAUCCUGCAGCAUGUGGACAUCAGAGAGGAGGGCAAAGAGAACGCUUUCAGCUUGGGUAGAUGUCUGUGGAUAGGGACAGAGGAAUAUGAGGACCUGGAUGAAAUCAUCGCUCGUCACAUCCAGCCCAUGGCAGCCACGGUACGAGACCUCAUGGCCUUCAAGUAUUACAGAGACUCGGAAGGAGGGAAGCGGGAGAUUCUGGACAAACUACUGGCCGAGGAGAAGAAAAAGACUGGUUUCAGGAUCCCGUAUUUAAUGAGUGCCUCCCGUCAGUACCCUGGCAAGUUCCUGUUGUCGUACAUGCCUCGGAACGUCCCGCGCCACGAGUACGUGUCUGUCACCCCCGAUGGCAUGCGCUACCGCCUGCAGAUGUUCAGCUCCGUCAACUCGCUGAUCCGAUGGUUUAAGGAGCAUUUCCGUGACCCGAUUCCAGGCACCCCGGCGGGCAGAACUCCAGCCAUGUCCACGUACACCACUCCAGGCCAACAGAUGCAGACCCCUGGCAGAACCCCAGUGGGUCGCACACCGAUGGGAAUGUCCAGCGGCAUGUACGGUCACCACAGUACCACACCGCGCGGUGCACCCUCGGCCACACCGCAGAUGGGUGGACGGUCGGCGUAUGGGGGUUUUGGCUCCAGCAUGCCGUAUCAGCCUGGAGUGACGCCAAUGAUGAACUCCAUGAUGACACCGUCGUCCUCCUACCAGCAGUCUGGCACCGGUCACAUGACCACGCCGGGCGCCAGCGGACAAAUGGGAACAGCCACGCCCUCUUACCAACCGACCCCACGCAGCAUGGGAGGACAGGGCGCCCCAUGGCCCGGUGCUACGCCUCGCACCCCAGCCUCGCGCACGCCCCGCAUGGGCCAGCAGACUCCAUCCGGCCACCACCACCACCAUCAACAGCAGCAGCGCACGCCCAGGCAGAGCAGCGGUCCGACCACUUCCAGUGGAGAUAUGGACUGGGCUCGGGCUGCGGAACUCUGGGCCAACAGGAAGAAGAACAAGUCUCCGCGAGCUUCCCCACGGCCGUCGCCUCUCCCCAGUCCGGCCCGCAGGGGUCUCGAAUCUCCUUUCACGACGGGGAGUAACGCGGGGGGCGCUUCACCGCAAGGUGACGGCACUCCGCUCAUUGAUGAGAGGUAGCCAGAGGGACGGAUGCUCUCUGGCAGUAUCUCAAUGCUUGUUUACUUGUACAUAAAGGGGCGAAAGAAAAAGUCCACUGGACUUGUGUGACUGACUGCCUUGAACUCUGCUUUGUAUGGUAGGGGCCGAGUCUCUGGCUUGCAUUCCUAUGUAUGGACAUCGAGUUCCAAUGAACCUUUUUCACUGGAGCAUUCAUGAUACGAACGUUGGAAUGACACAAAAGUCUGUAAUAGUGAAGAGACAAACAGUUAUUUCUAGCUCAUCCAAACUUCACAUGUGUUAUAUUUGUUUUAAUUGAUCUGGAAUUAGUGUGGAAGUGAUUCUUUGAUUUAAUAUAACAGUGAGGUUAAGUGUGAAUGCUAGUCUGAACUUCUAACUAGCUAGCACCAGAUAGGAUGUAUAGGUGUC